UCUCCGAGCUUAUCAUUCGACAACCACACAGCGCGUACUCCAAGUCGGCUCGAGGCUACGUUAAUAAAUUAUUAUUAACAAUUUAAUAGUUACAUUAACAACAAUCGCGCGUAAACAAGUGAUUCGAAAACGAUGGCAGAACCGAUUCCCACACUGGAAUCGCUGCUAAAAGAGGCGAAAAAAGUGUUUAGGGAUAAAUUUGACAGUGAAGCUGACAUUGCAGUGGCGGCACCUGGAAGGGUGAAUUUGAUUGGGGAGCAUACCGAUUAUAAUGAUGGAUUUGUUAUGCCUAUGGCUUUGCCUCUAGUGACGGUAAUAGUGGGAAGAAAAAUUGCAGGCGAUAUCACAACAAUUGUCACAACAAACCAAGAUGCUGACGAGCCUAGAACAAUCAACAUUGAAAUGCCAAAUGUCAAUGCUUUAGUUAGGACUAUAGAGCAUACCGGUCCUAAAUGGAGUCUUUAUGUUAAAGGUGUCAUUGCAAAUUACCAUGGACCAUGUCCACCAGCGUUCCAAGCAGUAAUUCAUACCAGCGUACCAACUGGAGGAGGCCUAUCCAGUAGUGCCGCUUUGGAAGUUGGAACAUACACAUUUUUGGACGCACUUACCGGAGGUUCACCAAACGAAUCACUGAAUGAUAAAGCCCUAGCAUGUCAGAGAGCAGAACACCAAUAUGCCGGUAUGCCUUGCGGCAUCAUGGAUCAAUUUAUUUCGAUGAUGGGCAAAAAUGGCAAUGCUCUUUUAAUCGAUUGCAGGAGCAUGACUUCAGAACUUCUUCCACUUGAUGAUCCACAAAUUGUCGUAUUGGUAACUAACUCCAAUGUAAAGCAUGAGCUUACAGGAAGUGAAUAUCCAACGAGAAGAAAGCAUUGUGAAGAAGCAGCUUUGAUUUUGAAAAAAGUCAGCUUGAGGGAUGCUAAUGAAGCAGAUAUUGAAUAUCUUAAAUCAAUUGAAACUGAUGAUACUCUCAUUAAAAGGGCCAGACACGUGAUAACUGAAAUCCAAAGAACUACCUUAGCGGCAGCUGCACUGAAAGAUAAAAACUAUCAAAAAUUUGGUAAACUAAUGGUGGACAGUCACAAUUCGUUGAAAGACGAUUACGCAGUGUCCUGUCCUGAAUUGGACAGUUUGGUGUGUUUGGCUCUUGAAGUUGAAGGUGUUCUGGGCAGUCGUAUGACUGGUGGUGGGUUUGGAGGUUGCACCGUGACAUUGGUUUAUUCCCAUGCUGUUGAAAAGGUCAUUGACAAUAUCAAAAAGCAUUACAAAGGAAAACCGACUUUCUACGUUUGCAAGCCAAGCCAUGGUGCUCAAAUAAUUCAUAAAUGAUGUCAAUGAUAUUUUUUCUAUAACUAACUAUUUAAUUAAUAAAUGGGGGGGUUUAAUAAUAUAUUUUUUUAAUUCUGUUAUCAUGAAGAUAUUAUAAAAUAAAAUAUUUAUUAUAUAGA